AGUUAAAAAUAGGUUUCGCAAAACAAUGCCUUGAAAUGGAGGAGCCUACACUUACGAGUCCGAAAAAGUCCAAGACAAAGAUUAGCAAAUUCAGUCGCAUUAUUGGUUUAUUCGAAAUUUCUAGACCGAAUAAAACUAGACUGCUGCGGACCAACUCAUUGCCAGCUUCCAGAGCAAGUCACAGUGAAACUAAAACUUCAAGGGGACUGCUGAAAAGCUAUAGCAACGGUGAGAGUAAAGUGCAAAAACUCAAAGAAGAAAUCGAGCAAAGAUGCAACAAGGAUUAUGUACCUUCAACACCGAAACCUGUAAAGAAGAAAUUACAAAGGCAAAUAAAAGAAGACCAAUCAAGAGAAAAUUGGUUACUUGAUAAGGAAAAAAUAAUGGAAGAUAUCAAUAAACUUCAAGAACGCAUUGAGGAUGUUACACAAGAAAUACAAAAUAGUGAUACCGAACUAGAAAUAACAUUUGAUAAUGUUUUUGAAGAGACAUUGAUAGACAAAUUAAGUGAUGAUGAUAGUGAAACUAGCAAUUUUACAAGAUUAAGUGGUGAUACAGUACUUCACAGAGUUAGCAGUGAUACAAUAGAGGAAGAAGAUAUUAUAGAGUUUGAAAAUAAUAUUAGUGCAAGUUUAAUCCCAUAUAGAAGAUCAUUUAGUGCUGAAGCUGUUUAUGAAAUUUCAAGAGACAGUGGUGCAUCAAAGACACGACUAGAAAAUAAUGAAGGUACAGCAAAAACAACCGAAGAUCAUAUUGAGGAAGCACACAGUAGUGAAGAAUCAACAAAUAACGUCAAUCAUGAAGAAAUAAUAACUCAUGAAGACACAGAAAGCCUAGAUGAAAAAGAAUAUUAUGAAGCAGCAGAAAGUAGUGAGACCAAUAAUAAUGAUUCUCAUUCUCAAACCUCAACAAACGAAGAUGAAUAUUAUGAAGCAGUAGAAAGUAAUGAAGAAUCAGAAUUUAUCGAUAAUGAUUCUUCACAUACUUCAGCAAAUGAAGAUGCUCAAACUGAACCUGAUUCUAUUGAAUGGUGGAAACACAAAUCGUUUGUACAAAUAAACCAGGAAAACUCUCUUGAAAAUGACGAAACAAAACAAAAUACUUAUGAAUCUUCUUCAUUUACAGGAAGAUUCAUCAAAAAUAAUAGAUCAAGAAGAAAUAAACGCACUGACAAACGAAGAACUGGUAUUUUACAAAAACCUUUAAGUGUUAGGGAACUCACUAAACGUUAUGAAGGUUUUCAAGAUGCUGCUGAUAAAGGUGAAACUGAAAAUUACAGAAAAAGUUUUAUAGAGGAAAUGGAUAUGGAAAUUGAAAAUAUGCUCAAUGAUGGUUUCCGAGACGAUUUUCAUUUGAGUUUUGAGAAUUUAACUUUGCUUUCUAAUGAUGAAACCGUCAACAAAACAGAAAUUAAUUUAGAUGAUUUAUCGAUCAAAAAAUCAGAAGAUGAAGAAGCAAGUCCUGUUUACCAAACAAUCAUAAUCCUUCCAAACCAAGAAGAACAACAAUACGAAGACUCAGACCAAGACCUGUUUGGUGAAACCUAUUUUAGGGAAGACUUGGAAAAGGGUUUGUAUUAUCUGGAGACUUACAAUGCUGACGGCAAAGAACUAAUCAUGUGCAGCGUACAGGUUGAAAGGCAAAGUGUCGAUUUAAAUAGUUUCGAUAAAAUGAAAGCUAACAGUUGCUCAAAAUUUCUCACCAAUGAUGAAUCAAUGUUGGUACUAAUGGGAGAAGCUAACGAAUCAAAAUCUGGCACUGAUUCAAAAAGAACCACAAUAUAUUCUACAACUUCUGGCGAAAGCUACGAAGAUGAAGGAAUUGAUAUUGAACAAGCAUCAGGCACUUAUGGUUCCAAUGCAUCAGCUAGAAGAGAAACUUAUUGUGAUGAACAAGGAAUUGUGAGAAUUGAAAGGGUAGGCCCAUAUCCACCAGAAGAAACGCAGGAUUAUAAAACGACAAUAAAUUAUUAUUAUUCUGGUGAAGAAGAUGAAGGAGCAAAGGCUGUUGUUGAUGAAGAAAAUUAUUAUGAAUUUGUUACCCAUCAAGAAAUUCCUGUUGUGUCUGAAAUAAAGAAGGAAACGCUUCAGUAUAUUCUAGAUGAGAUUAAAUCGACUGAAAAAAAGUACGUUAGUGAUAUUCGAAAAGUUUUAAAAGAGUACAAAAGCUUCUUGGAAGAGCGGUGCCCUGAAAAAGUUGAUGUAGUGUUUGCGAAUCUGGAGCAAAUAUAUCAAGGGCAACUUCAAUUUAUGGAAGUUCUAGAAGCUGCUGAUGAGGAUAUAAUUGAAGUCGCUAGGGCCUUUAUUGAUUUUGAAGACUUAUUCAGGCUUUAUCCUAGAUACUUUAAAAAUACUCCAAGAGCUAAUGUAGCUGUUAAGGAUUUAGGCUUCCUGAUAAAGGAAAAACAGGACAAAAUUAAUGAUAAACUCCAUUUGUCAGCGUAUCUUUUGACCCCCCUUCAACGAUUAGGCAAAUACAAAUUAUUUUUGGAAAAUAUUAUAAAACAAUUAGGCAAAGAAGGUAAAUCUAUAGGUGCUGUGCAAAUGGCUUUGGAUGUAGUCAAAAAAUACAUGAGUAGAGGCAAUGAUGCUGUAGCCAUUGCUUCCAUACUAUUUAGUCCACUUCACACUAGAGAAUACGGAGCUUUUAUUUCCAGAGAAAAAUUUGCUUUACUAAAACCAAAACGAAUGGAAGUGAUGGUGUUUUUGUUUGAGGAUGUUAUAGUUUUUACUACAGAAGAUCUCAAAAGCAUGGAACAAUUUAUCUACCAUCAAAGCAUCAAGACAAACGACUUGAGGAUAGCGACAUAUGACGAUACAACGAUACAUUUGACCGAUUAUACUAAAACCAAAAGGCGAAAUUCGAGCAAAUACACUUAUAUUUUGGACGCUAAAACUGAUAAAUUGAAAAUGGCUUGGAAACAGCAAAUUGAAGAGAUAUUGUGGAUGCAAAUGAAGAAAAUAAAAGAAAAUACCCUAAAAGAAUACCAAAGCGAAAGCAAUAAAAAUAAACAUCCAUCAAACAGAAAAUUGGCAAAAAGUAGAGAGCAGAGAUCGAAAUCGACAGGUAAUAAACCGACAGGCCUAUUUGGAUUUAACGCAUUUUUAUACAAGUAAAUCGUUUCCAGGAUCUUCGGUGUUCUAUGUUGAAUAAUCCAAAAACUCUCUUUACUGAAGGUAUUCAAAUAUUAUUUCAAAAUUUCGUGUAUAUUAUAAUUAUUGUGUGUUGUGAAAUUUAUUUGAUGAAAUAUUAAUCCAAAAGGACAGAACCCCUCAUUAUUAUUAUUGAUAUCUUGCAUGGAGUGUAGACAUAAUUGAUCCCGUAAAACGAAGUUUUCGUAUAGAAUUUCCAUAAGAUACUUUAAACUUGUCGUUUAUUCCUGAUUUUAUUUUAAAGUGCGUAUUCCCCCUCCGGUCGCCGCUGAUGCACUCUUCAUACUCUCCUUACGCGAUCAAAAAUUUUUUUCGUAACGCUCGAAAAUUGUUGCACCCUCAGCAAAGAAGUUGCACUCCAAAAUAUACCUCUAUCGUGAAAUCGUGACUGAUUUUCGUAUCGCUUACUCCAAGCGGGCGUUGAGAAGUUGCACUUGAAAACCGUUAUUGAUAUAUCGGUAACAAAGUCAUGGAGUAAGUUGGUAUAUUUCCAUGUUGAAGUGAAACUUCUUUAUGCAUGCUUGGAGUAAAACUUCAAGGCCGUGACGCCCGUGACACACGAGCUAGCGUUACGAAUAACCGUCACGAUAUAUUUAACGUCACGUGUAUAAAGGAUCCCCC